AUCCACGCCAACGGAACUUCAAUUCCAUUAAUGGAGUAGCUCCACACAACACGGCACAGCAGAAUCAAUACGAUACAUUACACUAUAAUGGAUCAGUUCAUCGGCAGAGAAGAGAUAGAGUCGUUCCGAAUCGAAGUCUCCGAGCUCCGUCGAAGCUUCCGGUCAUCCUUCCACCGCCGCACCGAUUCCGCCGUGAGCUCCGUCAAUCUCGACGACGAGACGGCGGCGCAAUGGGCGGCGAUCGAUAGGCUGCCAACAUUUGAACGGCUGAGAUCUUCUCUGUUUGAUCAAACCAGAGUCGAUGAAGACGAACCUAAGGAGAAAAAGGUUGUCGAUGUUACCAAACUCAACGCCUCCGAGAAGCAUAUGUUCAUCGACAAGCUCAUCAAGCACAUCGAGCACGACAACCUCAAACUCCUACACAAAACGAGGAGAAGAAUCGAUAAAGUUGGAGUUGAGCUGCCGACUAUAGAGGUUAGGUAUUCGAAUCUGCGCGUGGAAGCCGAGUGCGAGGUCGUUUACGGGAAGCCUCUCCCGACACUUUGGAACUCUCUUAAAAGCUUGAUUUCGAAUAUCACGAGAUUGCCGGGCUUGCCGCGAAAGGAGGCUCACAUUGGCAUCAUUAAUGAUGUGAGCGGUGUCAUCAAGCCGGGAAGAAUCACUCUACUUCUCGGUCCCCCGGGGUGUGGGAAGACUACAUUGUUGAAAGCUUUAUCCGGGAAUUUAGACAAAUCAUUGAAGGUUACCGGAGAGAUUUCAUACAACGGAUAUUCACUCGACGAAUUUGUGCCGCAGAAAACUUCAGCUUACAUUAGCCAAUAUGAUCUGCACAUCCCUGAAAUGACUGUCCGAGAAACGUUAGAUUUUUCUUCUCGUUGUCAGGGCAUUGGCAGCAGAGCAGAAAUUAUGACUGAGGUCACCAGGAGGGAGAAAGAUGCCAAAAUUGUUCCUGACCCUGAUAUAGAUACUUACAUGAAGGCGAUUUCUGUCGAGGGACAAAAAACCACACUUCAGACAGACUACAUAUUGAAAAUUCUUGGACUUGAUGUAUGCGCCGACACGAUGUUUGGAGAUGAGAUGAGAAGAGGAAUAUCGGGUGGUCAGAAGAAGAGAUUGACAACAGGUGAGAUGAUCGUUGGGCCAACAAAAGCUUUAUUCAUGGAUGAAAUCUCGAACGGUCUUGACAGCUCGACUACGUAUCAAAUCACUUGCUUCUUGCAGCAACUAGCACACAUCACGGAUUCUACAAUACUUGUUUCACUUCUCCAGCCUGCACCGGAGACCUUCGAUCUCUUUGAUGAAAUCAUUCUUAUGGGAGAGGGAAAAAUCGUCUAUCAUGGACCUCGAAGUGAUGUUUUAGAGUUUUUCCGGAUCUGUGGAUUUAGGUGUCCCGAAAGAAAAGGAGUAGCUGAUUUUCUCCAAGAGGUGAUUUCAAGAAAAGAUCAAGAACAAUAUUGGCACAACCCCGGGGCUUCAUACAGCUACGUGUCGGUUGACAUGUUUACGCGCAAAUAUAAAGAGUUUAAGCAUGGAAAGAAGCUCAAUGAAGAUCUUUCUACGCCAUUUGAUAAGUCGACGGGACAUAAGAAUGCGAUCAGCUUCAGCGUGUAUUCCCUUUCGAAAUGGACUCUUUUUCGAGCCUGUAUGUCGCGCGAAAUCCUUCUCAUGAAAAGGAAUUCAUUUGUCUACAUAUUCAAAGCUACUCAGAUUGUCAUCAUUGCAGCUGUGACGAUGACCGUCUUCCUAAGAACACAAAUGGGAGUUGAUCUUGUCCAUGCCAAUAACUACUUAGGUGCUAUCUUUUAUUCCCUCAUCAUUCUUAUCAUCGAUGGGAUGCCGGAGCUCUCCAUGACAGUUGCUCGCCUCCCGGUUUUCUACAAACAGAGGGACUUGUACUUUUAUCCUGCUUGGGCAUAUGCAAUUCCAGCUGCCAUUUUGAAGAUCCCUUUGUCAUUAUUAGAAGCUGUAGUAUGGACUGUUCUUACCUAUUACACCAUCGGGUUUACGCCUGAGGCCGGAAGAUUUUUUCGACAAAUGAUGCUGAUGUUUGCUGCACACAUGGCCUCAAUGUCGAUGUUUCGCUUUCUAGCAUCUGUUUUCCGGACUAUUGUUGCAGCUACAACUGCCGGUAGUUUGGCUAUAUUGUUCCUUAUGUUAUUCAGCGGCUUCUUAAUCCCAAAGCCAUCCAUGCCUGUGUGGCUAAAAUGGGCCUUUUGGGUUUCGCCAUUUUCGUACGGGGAGAUAGGACUUUCAAUCAAUGAAUUCCUUGCUCCGAGAUGGCAAAAGGAUUUUAUCGGGAAUACGACAAUAGGACAUCAAACACUUGAAAGCCGGGGGCUAAAUUACACGGCGAACUAUUUUUGGAUAUCAUUCGGAGCACUACUUGGCUUUGUGAUUGUCUUCAACAUUGGGUUUACAUUGGCUUUAACGUUCUUGAAGCCUGCUGGUUCCCGCGCCAUCAUUUCGUCCGAGCAAUUGUCUAAUCAACAAGGAAGUAAAGACUCAGAAAACAAUGCUAAUGCAAAAGAACCUCCUAGCAAAACAUCUCAUACAGAUCGAAUGGUUUUGCCAUUUGAACCUCUAAGUAUUGUGUUCCAAGAUGUACAGUACUUCAUCGACACUCCCAUGGCAAUGAAAGAGCAUGGCUUCUCUCAGAAAAGGUUUCAGCUUCUAUACGACAUCAAUGGCGCUUUCAGACCCGGUGUCCUUACAGCGCUAAUGGGCGUAAGCGGAGCUGGAAAAACAACUCUUCUCGAUGUUCUUUCUGGUCGAAAAACGAGUGGCAUUGUCCAAGGAGAAAUCAAAAUCGGAGGCUAUCCUAAAGUUCAAACUACGUUCGCUCGAAUUUCAGGCUACUGCGAGCAAACCGACAUUCAUUCGCCUCAAAUUACCGUGGAGGAAUCUCUUAUAUUUUCUGCAUGGCUUCGUCUAGAUCCAAACAUCGAUAAAAAGACAAAAUAUGAAUUCGUCCGAGAAGUUCUUGAAACCAUCGAACUUGAUGGCAUAAAAGAUGCCUUGGUAGGCUUGCCUGGCGUCGAUGGCCUGUCAACCGAGCAACGAAAAAGACUUACAAUAGCUGUGGAGCUCGUUGCCAACCCCUCCAUCAUUUUUAUGGAUGAGCCGACGACUGGACUAGAUGCUCGAGCAGCAGCAAUUGUCAUGCGCGCAGUAAAGAAUGUUGCGACUACCGGUAGAACAAUUGUUUGCACCAUUCACCAGCCUAGCAUCGACAUUUUUGAAGCAUUCGACGAGCUGCUACUCUUGAAAACCGGAGGUCGAAUGAUCUACUGCGGACCCUUAGGUCGAUGCUCGUCUGAAGUGAUAAAAUAUUUCGAGGGUAUCCCCGGCGUGCCAAAAAUUAGAGACAAUUACAAUCCGGCGACUUGGAUGUUAGAGGUCACAUCCGCAUCCUCAGAAGCCGAGCUUGCGAUAGACUUCGCCGAGAUAUACAAAAACUCUACUUUGCUCGAGACUAACAAAGAACUCAUCCGAAAACUAAGCAUUGCGCCGCCUGGUUCGAAGGACUUAAAUUUUGCGACCCUUUACGCGCAAAGCGGCUGGGGACAGUUCAAAAGCUGCCUGUGGAAGCAACAUUGGUCGUAUUGGCGAAGCCCCUCGUACAACUUGAUGCGCUCGAUUCAUAUGCUAAUCGCAGCUUUUCUUUACGGCUUUUUAUUUUGGGAUCAAGGCAAGAAAAUACAUAAUCAGCAGAGCCUAUUCACUCUGCUUGGCUCGAUGUACAGCUCGACUCUCUUCUGCGGCAUAAACAACUCCUCGUCGGUUCUGCCAUACGUCAGUAAAGAACGAAUGGUUCUUUAUAGAGAAAGGUUCGCCGGAAUGUAUGCGUCGUGGGCUUAUUCCAUCGCGCAGGUGAUCAUCGAGAUCCCGUACCUGUUUGCACAAGCCUUAGCGUUCACGGUGAUCACCUAUCCGAUGAUCGGAUACUACUGGUCGGCGUACAAGGUGUUUUGGUACUUCUACACUAUGUUCUGCACACUCUUGUCCUUCACUUACCUCGGGAUGAUGCUGGUGUCGAUCACCCCAAACUUCCCGGUCGCGGCAGUUUCUCAGUCGACCUUCUACACGAUGUUCAACUUGUUUUCGGGAUUCUUGAUUCCCCGUCCUCAAAUUCCUCGGUGGUGGAUAUGGUUCUAUUAUUUGGUACCGACUUCGUGGUCGUUAAACGGGAUGCUGACCUCUCAGUACGGCGACAUCGACACGGCGAUCACGGUGUUCGGAGAGACGAAGUCGGUGGAAGCAUUCUUGAGAGACUACUUUGGGUAUCGGCAUGAUCGGCUGCCUCUUGUUGGUGUGAUGAUGAUUUUGUAUCCCAUUGUUUUUGCUUCACUAUUUGCAUAUUGCAUUGGAAAGUUGAACUUCCAAAAGAGGUAAAAGAUCAGUUUUUAGGUUUUUCACAAGCAUCAUGUAAUUUACAUAAAGUAACCUUUGUUUCGGUUGUGUUCGAAUAGGAUAAUGUUUUUUUUUAGAAUUUAUUAUAUAUUUAUCAAGUUUUUAAUGUAUAAAAGAUUUUAAGCA